CGACGUUGAAUUUGGACCAACUACUAAAAAUGCGGUUCGCUGGACCCGUAGAGGCCUCGUGUGCCAUUAGUCUGCUUGCUUCACCGCUUUCCAGGCGGAAGUCGUUGCGAGACACUUGAUUAGUAAUCGUUCUCCCUCGUACAACAGUUAUUCGCAGAUCGUCGUGCAGCGUGAAAUUAUCAUGAUGGAGGUGAGGAUGGGGUUUCGCGAGUGUUUUUUUCUUACUAGUUAGAUUCGUCUAUUGAGCCAAUUUCUUCUUUAUCUUCAGAAGUCCAUCAAGGUUCUAAACAUUUCCGCGAAAGUGACUGAUCGGGAUGUCAUUGACUUCUUCAAGUUCGCUGGAGACAUUUCUUCUGCAGUAUUCAAAACGGACGAGGCGUCAACGUACCCUUCAAAUCGAUUUGCAAUUUUAACUUUCAAGGACGGCCACGCAGUUGAGACUUCUCUGCUGCUGUCAGGAACACUGAUUGAAGACCAGCCCAUCCAUGUUUUACGUCUUUCAGACGAGGAUUAUCAUGAUUUUACCCCUCAAGAGGCCAUGGUGGAUAAGGCUCCCAGCCCAAGUCCACCAGAAACUACUCACAAGUCUGAAUCUGCCGUUGCGUCGCUGCUUGCCUCUGGUUAUAUGCUGAGCAAAGACGCAUUGGAGAAGGCGAGGGCGUUAGAUGAAAGGCAUGGCAUUAGCCAGACUGCCUCAACAAGUAUGGCGGCUGUGAAAGAGAAGACAACAGCUACUGCAGCUGCGCUUGACAAGAAGUUUAACAUCUCUGAAAAGAUCAGUGGUGCAUCUGCUUCUGUCAGCAGUACGUUCUCAUCUGUUGACGAGACAUAUCAUGUGACUUCCAAGGCGAAAGCCGCUGCAGCAGCAGCAGAGGCUACCUUGUCGCAUGCUGGACAGCAGGUGAUGAACAACCCAUACGUUGCAUCUGGAAGGGAUUGGAUGAUGGGGAUAUUUGAGCGUUUGAAGCAGCAGACGCUUGAGCAAGUGAAGAAAGCUGAAGGGUAACGCUCUUGAUGCUUUGUCUGUCCAGGGCUUUGUGUACAUAGUUGCAUCCAUGCAUUCAUUUCGUUCUUCAGAUCAGAGUAGGGUAAGAGCGUCUUGCUACGGCCUCUUCUCAGGCCAACCUCUUCCCAAACUCACGCGCAACAGUGCGACGUAAUCUGGCGCGAAAUUGACGAAAAACGGUGCAGUCUGGUUCCGUGCAGCGUGACGCGAAAUUGGGCUCGGCAUUGCCGAGAUUCAGGCGAGGGGGAAAGUCUGGGAAGAGGUUGGCCUGGAAAGAGUGUUAGAAACUUAGGAGUCUAGGUUCCUCAAGUUAGGACACAAGCUUAGCUAGGAAUGACGCCAUGGGAUGGUGGGAGGAAAGUAGAUCUAGGAACGUGAGCAGU